AUGGUAGGUUCGAAAUUCCUAGACCUUUCUCAUAACAUUAUCUCUGGAAUCAUUCCUAAGUCUUUGGAGAAACUUCAAAAUUUGAAGUAUUUAAAUGUUUCUUUCAACAAAUUGAAUGGUGAAAUACCCUCGGGGGGCCCUUUCAAGAACUGCCUGAGUCAGUUUUUCAUCUACAAUGAAGCAUUGUGUGGUUCUUCAAGAUUUAGUGUCCCAGCAUGCCCCACUCCAUCAAAGCAUAGAUCUAAUAGGAAAAAAGUACUUGUUCUUUUUAUUUUGCUGGGAAUUGCACUAGUAUUUGUUCCUAGCAUCUUUGUGUUUUUAUGGAUAAGGUAUAGAAGAGGUAAAAGAGCUCCUCAACAACCUGAUUCUUUGGCUUUCAUAACAAGAGAAAGAAUUUCAUACUAUGAACUGCUCCAAGCAACUGAGGCGCUUAGCGAGAGUAAUCUGAUUGGUUCCGGAAGUUUUGGCUCUGUUUACAAAGGCGUUCUCAGAAGUGGUACUGCCAUUGCAGUUAAAGUGUUCAAUCUGCAACUAGAUGUGGCAUCCAAGAGCUUUGAUACAGAAUGUGAAGUUCUGCGCAGCCUUCGCCAUAGGAAUCUCGUAAAAGUCAUUACUAGUUGUUCCAACCGUGAUUUUAAGGCUUUAGUGCUCGAGUAUAUUCCUAAUGGGAGCCUUGAGAAGUAUUUGUAUUCGCACAACUACUUCUUAGACAUCUUUCAAAGGCUAAGCAUAAUGAUAGAUGUGGCAUGUGCAUUGGAAUAUCUGCACCAUGGGUGCUUGUCGCCUGUGAUUCACUGUGAUCUGAAGCCGAAGUACGGACUUGAUGGAUUAGUUUCAACAAAAUGUGAUGUCUAUAGCUAUGGGAUCAUGCUGCUGGAAACGUUUACCAGGAGGAGGCCUAAUGAGUUUGAGGGAGAUCUUAGCUUGAAGCAAUACGUGAGUUAUUCAAUUCCAGAGGCAGUAAUGGAUGUCGUAAAUGUCAACUUGGUAACAUCAAUGGGUAAUCGCUACCAGAAAGAGCUAGAUCUUGUGGCAUCAAUCAUGAAAGUGGCAUUAGAUUGUUGUGCUGAAUCUCCGGCAGGAAGGACAAACAUGAAAGAUGUUGUAGGGAUGCUACAAAUGAUGAAGAUUCAACUUCUUGCAUUUUAA